UAGGGUUGGAGAGGGAGUAAAUGAAGCGGUGAAGACGAAAAUCUUAAGGGCAGCUAGGCGCGAGGAGAGGGCUUGACUGUCUUUGGCAAAGGCCUCCUCUCCAGGCUUGGAGCCACAGGCCCGGCUCCCCCAGCCGCUAAAGGAUCUUGGGAAGGGGAUGUGGACUCCGGGAAUUCUCCUGCCAGGACACUCUCUUCUCUAGCUCCGAGGUUUUUGAGAUUCCUGGAUCUGAAACAAACACAGACACAGCCAGCGACCCUGCCCCAGCAAGGCGCAAUCAGUGAAUGGGGCCCAGGCCUCAUUUCCGGGCCCUACACCUUGGCUCCACCUUUAUAAAGAGGUGGGGAGGGGGCCGUGUCGCCAUGCAGGCCCUGGGGUCCCGCCGGCCUGCCUUUACCCCUCUUGAAGGUGGUGCAGCUUUGGAGAAGCCCUUACCGGGGAGCCGCAGCUGGGAGGCGAAUGUGGAGACGGAGCUGACUCCAGGCAGAGGCCAUCCUGCCCCACCGCGCCCUACCCGCCCCCACCCCCAUGAAAUGAGCGACACUCAAGACUUUGCCACUUUCCCCGUGGUUGCCACCCAGGUGAAGCUGGGGGGCUGGAGCCGUCAGGGUGGGGGCAGCGUGUCUCUCCACCCGCGCCCGCAUCAGGAGCUCCAGGCCUUCCUCAGCCUUCUGGAGCAUAGUUUCCUGCAGGAAUUCCUUUCCAGAGAUCCCUGUUUCCAGAUUUCAGAUAAGUAUCUCCUGGCCAUGGUGCUGGUCUACUUCCGGCGUGCCAACCUGAAGCUCAGCGAGUACACCCACAGCAACUUGUUCUUGGCGCUGUUUCUUGCAAAUGACAUGGAGGAGGAUCUGGAGGACCCUAAAUGUGUGAUUUUUCUGUGGGCCCUGGGAAAAGAUUGGCGUCGUCAGGUGGCAGACUUCCUGCACCAGAGGGAUAAGCUGUGGGCCCGGAUGGGCUUCCGGGCCAUGGUGAGCCGCCAGUGCUGUGAGGAGGUCAUGGCCAAGGAGCCAUCCCAUUGGGCCUGGACUCGAGAGCGGCGUCCCCACCACGGUGGAGCUCAGAGGGGCUGCCCAAAGGCCCGGGUGCCCCUGCCUGGAGGCCCCGGCCUCUCGCCUCCUCACUGUUCCCUCUGUGGCUUGCUCCCUGCCCACGGCCUCUGCAGCCACCAGCCCCGCCCCUUGCCUGUCUUAUCCAAGUGCCCUUCCCCAAACCCUGAGUGCCAUUGCCCUCCCUCCCAAGCUUGUCUCUCAGUGGCCGAAGACCCCUUGGUGGGGGGCUUCCUCAUCAUCCUGCCCCCCCAACUGCAGCUGGAGCCGGGCACGUACACUCUCCACAAUGGCACCAGUGGCCAGUGGCUCCCCAAUUUGUACUUCUGAGAGCUGUUCCCUCCUCAAGCAUCUCUGCUUGGAGGGAUUGUUCCCAAAGGUCUUCCACUGUCUCCCCAGCUUGGUGAGUCCCCCUGCCUCAUUAAUCCACUUAAGUGGUCAAGCCACAUCAAGGGUUCAGUGUUAUCUUUGAUCCCUCCCGGUGUUCCAAGAGCCAGAUCUAAUCAGUAAUUAGGUCCUAUUGGUGUGUGUGUGUGUGUUUUUAAGACUAAUUUUUUUUAAGAUUUUUAUUUUCUGAGUAAUCUCUACACCCAACGUGGGGUUCAAACUUACAACCCCAAGGUCAAGAGUCACAUCCUCUACCAACUGAGCCAGCCAGGCACUCCAAGUCCUGGUGGUGUUUUUAACAGCUUAUUGAGGUCUAGUUGACAUACAAUAAACCACGUAUACUUAAAAUGUACAUUUUGUUUUGACAUGUAUACACCCAUAUUACCAUAAUCGAGAUAGUGAACAUAACCAUCACCCCAAAAAGUUUCCUCGAACCCCUUGUCCAUCCUUCCCUCGCACCCUUUCCUACCUGCCGGCCCCCACUCUCGCCUCCAGGUAACCACUGAUCUGCUUUCUGGCACUCAAUUGGCAUCCUUUCUCUGGAAUUUUCAUAUAAGUGGAAUUACAUAGGAUGAACUCCUGCCUGGCUUCUUACAUUGGUUGUAAUUCUGAGAUUCACCUCUUGUUCGUCUUUACUGCUGGGUAGCAUCCUGUUGUACAUGCAUACCACAAUUUGCUUAUGCAUUCACAAUGCGUGGAUGAACAUUUGAUUGGUUCUAGUUUGGGCUGCCACAAUUAAAAUUUCUAUGAAUAGCUUUCAGCUCCCUUGCUCUGAGGAGGCCCCAGGGCAACUUUUGUCGCUAGUCCCGAAAUCAUCCGGCACUAGCCACCUCCACCACGCCGCUUACAUUCGAGCCCCAGGAGAUCGAAACUGUAUACCUAAAGUGCACUGGCAGGGAGGCCGCUGCCGUGUCUGCCUGGGCCCCCAAGAUGGGCCCCUUAGGGUCUGUCCCUCAAGAAGAUUGGUAACGACAUCGCCAAAAGAAACUGGUGAUCGCAAGGGCUGGGGAUGACAGUGAACAGAUAGGACGCCAUACGGGCGGUGCCUUCUGCCUCUCCCCUGAUCAUCAAACCCCUCAAGAAACCACCCAGAGACAGAAGCAGGAAAACAUGAAGCACGGUGGGAACGUCACUUUGGAUAAUAUUGUCAAGUUACUGGACAGAUACCGCACCCACCUUUAACUAGAGCACUUGGAACCCACUAAAGAGAUCAUGGGGAUUGCCCCGUCUGUGGGCUGCAGUGUUGAUGGCUGUCACCCUCACGACACCAUAGAUGUCAGCAGUGGUGCAGUGGGAUGCCCAGCUACAAAGGAAAAGAUUUCAAGGAAAGAUCGUUUGAUGACCGUCCCUACCAAAGCUAUGAAUAUUCAUACACAAGUCUUUGGACAUACGCUUUUAUUUCUCUUGGGUAAAAGCCUAGGAGUGGAAUAACGGGUCAUAUAAGGUAGGUGUAUGUUUUAACUUUUUUCUUUUUUUUAAGAUAGACUAUUUUUUAGAGCAGUUUUUGGUUUACAGAAAAACGGCUCCUUAAAUACCGAGAAUUGGGCACAUACCCCCCUCUUUCUCCCUCACAUUGUUUCUCUUGUUAAUAUCUUACAUUUGUGUGGUAUAAUGUCAUGUAACUAUCAUUGUAGUAUCAUACAGAAGUUUCAGGCCCUCAA